UCUGGCCAAAAUGUGACCCUACAGGUUUUGGUGAAAUAUGAUAAAGAGAGUUAAUUUUAAUGGAUGAACCUGAUGGCAAAUCUGAGGCAUUUGUUGAAAUACAUGGGAGAUUGGCCUAUGUUAAUGUCACCUCUAUUUCGUGCGCGGAUACCGGUACUCAGGUGGAACUAAAAUUCUUCAUAAAAAAUGAAAAUAACAAAAGACUUAUUCUCAUAAAUACUGUAAUUAAAGAACUGAAAGGAAAAUGGAAAUUAAUAAAUGCAAGCAAAUCGUUUUCAUGCACUGACGGUGUGUGUCAGUUAUGCCUCUUUUUGCUUAGGUUUACUGCUGAUUCUGACAGGAAGAUUUACAUGGAAAGGGCUAGUAGUAAUGCUUGCUUGUACAUAAUAAAAAAUCUGAAAUCCGUUAUAACCAACAAGUUUAUGUGGAAAAUAUGUCCUCAGAUAAAUGUGGGAUUUAUUAAAGUUUGGAUAAUAAAUGGACCUUCAUUAUUAAUUUGUAAUUUGAAGAAUCGAAAAAUGGACUUGAUAAGUUUCACAGAUUGCAAUUUACAGAUUUGCCAAUCAUCAACACAUGUUACAAAUAACUGUUCUUAUGAUGCUGAUGAUCGCGUCUGGUUGUCUGCUUCCCUUCAAUCGUAUGAUUUUCAAGAUUCUAGAAUGGAGUACUUUGUUAUAUUAAAAACAUCACUUCCACAACAAGCUUCUAAUAAGACUGACUUCAAAUUUUUUCUCAUUACUGUAUUGAUAAACAAUGUUGUUUGUCAAAGAUGCUACUCGUCUGUUCCAACCAAUAUUAGUGUUCAUUUACAAUCAUCAGAAAUGAUUCCAUCAUGUUAUAAUGGGUGUGCAUUUUCAGUUCAUCAGUUAGGAAUAAAAGAGUUUGUUCUUGAUCAAAACAGAAGAUUUAUUUUGAUAACGAAAAUAGGUCAAGUGAUACACUGCCUAAAUGGCAAAGUAAAAGAUGUUUGUGACAUCCCAAAUAUUGGACAGUGUGGAAUAUCAUGCUGUCAGUGGGAAGACAUUCUUUUAGUUUUGCAUGAUCGAGAUUCAAAGACCGCUUUUAUUAUUAAUUUUAAAAAGUUCAAAAUUGUUAAAACAGCUUCAAAUAUUUCAUAUGUGAUUAUUGGGGACUUCUUGCAGUCAGGACAAAGCCAAAUACUUUUAAUAAAAGAAAAAUUUGAAUUCGGACAGGAAUCAGAUGAUUUUGUGCUGUUGAAAUCAUAUUCGGACCUUCAAUGCACAUCUUCUCCAACUUCAUCUGGUACAAACUCUAUUGUUAUGUAUGAAGAAAGUGAUGAUGCCCUAAGUUCGAGUGCAGAUAUUUUUUCUGGUCCCAUGGAGACAGAAACGGCAUCUGAAAGUUUUGAUUCCUGUAUAAAAAGCAGAGUCUGUACGGCAUUGCAACAUAAUAUUAUGGGACAAGUGGCUCUAUUGCAAGAACGGAAAGAUACUCUACUUUACAAAUCCACAUCUUUUUCUCAGUUAUUGAAAUUAAUUGUAAGGUUAUCAAACAAUACUGAUAAAUGCUUGGAUGAUUUUAAAGAGGUUGUACCUGCACUUGUAGACCUUACACCUGCUAAUAUUGUCAAAGAAGUCACUGAAAUUUGUUCAAACAUGGGAUGUAAUGGGUUGAGCGUUCUUCAAUUGUUUCAGAGAUUUCUGAAUGAUAAUGUGCAUGUUUGUGCGAUGAUAAAAAACACAACAGCUCAGAACAUUUCCCAGUUAGCGAUGCAUAUUUGUGGAGGCUUUGAAUCAUCACAGUUUCAAAUUGGCACUUUAAAUGUUGCUAUAAUAUACGAACCAUCUUAUUUUGAAAGUCCAAAUCCUUGUUCGGCUUUUCAAUCUAAAACAUGCGUCUUGCCAAAUGAAAUUGUAUGGGUCACAGGAAGAUUUAAAAUUUGUUCAAAAUUAUUAUCCAGGGUUAUGAGAGGUACUGCAUUUCUUGUCAAACUGUCAUAUGUGAUUAGGAAUUGUGACACUGAUAGAGUGGUUAUGAGCAAAAUUGGUGAAUUGCCUUUUCAUCAUACCCUGAAUGAUUCCAAAGAGAUUAAUUCUAUUUUUACCUCCACUGAAUCUAAAUUGGUGGAAAGUGCCAUAAAUUUUUUGAAUUGUAUACAUGUUUGCAAAUUUAAGCAUAGAGUGUAUACAAAAUGUCACAGUGUGAAGAUUCUUGAUGAUGUUCUCUUGAAUAACUUAUGUUUUAUUACAUUUAAUAAAAAAAAUAUUUGGAUUUGUAAAGAACGAGGACCUCUUUUUCUUGUGCGAAUUGUCCUUACUUAUCAGUCUGAAACCUCAACUUCAAUGGAAAUACAAUGUGAAAAUAAGGAGCAGAAUGAUAGAUUAUUAUUUGCUUUAAACACCUAUAUUCCUGCUGAUUUUUUAUUUGAACAUGACCUUUAAUUAUAAUAUUUUGCGUCUGUUUUCGAAAACUGCAUAUUUACGCUUGCAGAAAGAUAUGCAAUUCAUGUCUCCAGCCUUUGCAAAUUGAAAUUUGAAUAGUUGCUUAUACGGAAA